AUGGAUUUCAUCAAAAAGAACCUCAGUCACGGCGGCUCUUCUCAGCUGCAAGCUGGCCAAGGUCGUCCGACGGACAGUGGCGGUCUCGGAGGCAACGUGAACAAUGCGCUCGGUGGUGGUCAGGCGGGAGAGAAGAAUGAAGGUGUGGACUACGCGCAGCAGCAUGUCCUCGGACAAGGACCUCAGAACAAUGAGUCUGCAGUUGAGCAGGCCAAAGACGAGCAGAUUUCCGACGCCAUUCGUCGCGGGUAUAAAGGUAUCAGCGGCAAGGACUUCCCUAUCAAGGACAAAUAA